AAUAAAAAUAAGAAAAAGAGUUGUAAAUCGUAACGGAAAGGAAUGAAUGAGAGUUUCGCUUAAUCUCUACUCAAUGCGUUGAAGAUCUCUGCAGCCAUAAAAGCCAAACACUCCCCAGAUCAAUUCUCUUCCGCUCGAUCGAGAUCUCGUGUGAAUUGGUGAUGAUGAUGAUACGCUUUCUGUAGACUUGAACCAAAAUCAUGAAACUCUGGUCAUGUUUGAAAAUCCAGUAACAAGCAGUCCUCAUCUUCGCAAAUCUGGUAGCAAAUCCCUCUUCCUUGAUCCUGGUGUAAGCGGGCAUUUAGGUGGUGCAUCAGAAAUGGGUGGUGACCUUAAAGGAUCAAGUUCACCGCUUCAGAUUACAACAAUGGUUCCUUCUCCUAUUUUCCUUUGGAGAUUUAAGGUUGUUUUGUUUCUUUUCUGGGCUUUAUGUUGCUGCAAGAUUGGAUGGGAUUCAGUUAUGAGAAUGAGUAUUGACCUGCGAGAUUUGUUUUUGUACGAAGCCUUUCUUUAUUACAAUCCUCUUCUUCUUGUGACCAUGAUGGUUUGGCUCUGGGGAGUCAACUUAUGGGUGUUCUCUCAAGGAAGUGUCAAUUACGCCAAAGUCUUUGAUCUCGACCAUAACCACCUCACUCAUCGAGAGAUGUGGAAGUGUAGCAUGUGGAUGACAAUCAUUGUCCCUACUAGCAUGACUGCGUAUCUAUAUCUCUAUUCUCAUGGUGAAGUAUCUUUGGCUGCUUCACAACCGGUGCUUCUGUACAUUGCUUUUGCUUUGGUUCUGAUAUUUCCCUUCGACAUUUUCUACUUGUCUAGUCGAUAUUUUCUGCUGAGAACAUUAUGGAGGAUAGCUUUUCCACUACAGCCAAUUACAUUUCCGGACUUCUUUUUGGCAGAUAUUCUGACCUCCAUGGUAAAGGUGUUUUCUGACUUAGAGCGCUCCGUCUGCCGGAUGGUGCAUAGACAGGUCGCAACAAUUGCGUGGUUUGAAGCUGAUGCUGUCUGUGGCAGUCAUCAAAUUGCAAUUCCUUUGGUUCUUGUUUUCCCCUACAUUUGUCGUCUUUUGCAAUGUCUUCGACAGUACAAGGAUACAAAGGAAAAGUCAUCUCUUUUAAAUGCUCUGAAAUAUUCAACAGCAGUGCCUGUGAUCUUUCUUUCUGCGCUUAAAUACCACGUGAUGCCCGAGAGCUGGACAUCAUUUUACCGACCCCUCUGGCUUUUCUCAAGUGUCAUCAACUCACUCUACUCAUUCUACUGGGAUGUAACUCGAGAUUGGGACUUAAGCGGUUUCACUAAGAUAUUCAAGUUUAGCCGUCCAAGUAACAUAUCAUAUCUCUUAUAUGGCCGACAAUGGGUGUAUUUCUGGGUGAUAGGGAGCAAUCUGGUGCUGAGGUGUGCAUGGACAUACAAGUUAUCGGCACAUUUGAGGCACAACUACAUAACGGUGUUCGCAGUGACCGCCAUGGAGAUGUUUAGACGCUUUCAAUGGGUAUUUUUCAGAGUAGAGAAUGAGUGGAACAAGAUCACCAAAUCGCAUCCAUUGGCUGAGAUUUCACUUGAAGAAGACAAACUACUUGGUUCUGCUACAACCCAUGAUGUCUAGUUUUCUUUCCUCUAGUCCUAUGCAAAAAGAAAAAAAUUCUUGUUUUCGUAUCGGUACAUUCAGUGUCUAGACACUUUCUGGAAAUAUAAUACACUUUUUCAA